AGUUUAGCAGGGUGAACAAUGUAAGAUGGUAAUAUGGAACCUCAGUAUUUCCGACGUAUGUGGUAAGCCAGAGUCGGACCCUUACUUCUGCACCCGCUAUGUAACCCUCUCUCUCAUUGCAACCUUCACCGGACUGUUAUGUCUCGGCAAGGUCGCCAAGUACCACUACAACAAGGUCAAAUGUUUCUACCAACUCUCCAUUUUCUACUGCGCGCUUUUUGAGUGCCUCUGUUUUGUGCUACAUUGGAUCUUUCUACCGUUUGAUAUUAUCGAGAACAUGGGCUACUGGUUCAGGGUCAUCCAGCUGUUGAUUGUAUGUUUUGUGUACAGUAAACUUGCUAGCAAUGUUCUGAACGCAGAGGAACAGUACAAGAAGCGGUAUCUCCCCGUGCUCACUGUUUUUGCGGUGUACUACGCGGCGCUGAUCCCCUGGAUGUUCACUAUUCCCCGGUUCAAGUAUCCUCACAAGUGUACGGAGUUCUUCCACCCCUGUUACACUAUAUCAGACUUCGUUUUAGCACAGAUAUUUCUGAUAUGUGGAGUAUACCUGACAAGGAAGAUGGCGUUAGUAAACAUGCCAUCAGAGCAAUUCCUCGACCAAAAGAACCAGCUAUGGGGUGUCAUAAUGGCGUUUGAGACUGAAGCAAUCAUCAGUAUAGUGUACGAUAUCCUGCUCUUCGCGAUAGGAGCAGAGGAACAUGGAUGCGGAGGAUUCCUGUACCAGCACAACGCGCUAUCAGUAGUCGUCUUCGUGAUUGUGCGCAGCGUGCGCUUGUUUGCUGCAAUCUGGCUCAUGCUCUACUUGUUUGACGCACAAACCACAGACUACACAGAACCUCCCCCGUACACGUACGACCCAGAGGAUUCUCUUGAUGAGUACAUGGCUGCGCGGAGUCAAAGCAUCGUGCCUUACAACCCCGAGGGGUUAUUAUAUGACACUGAAGAGCCUCUCCUCCAGGAGAAUACUUUUGAGAACUAUUUGGCAGAUGAUGUCAAUGAGAGGUUUGGAGAGCGAACCAAUAGACUUCUCAUUGAGGCGGGUACUAGUAAUCCUUACGUAGAGUGAGUGGUCACCGUGGUGAUAUUGAUUGGUAACCACUAUGGUUACUUCGGUUACUGUAGCUGUGGUUACUAUGGAGUUUGGAUGAGAAAUCUAAGGUAUGGAACUGAUGACGUGUUUUCAGAGAGGGGUGGAUCUGAAUGUUUGAUUGAAAAUCAUAGUUAAUCAAAAUUUGGGGGCAUGAUUAUCUAUUUUAGUGUCUGUUUAGAAGAGUGCUAAAAGAGAAAAGAAUCUGAUUGAUCGAGAAAGGACGAACUUAAGGAAUACUAUCUUUAAGAGGAGUUUGACAGGUUACCCCUGUAUACUACUACUACUACUACUACUACUACUAGUAGUACCCCUGUUUGGUAAUGACACUGUUCGGUGAUUACAUUUAUGGAAGUUGAGACUUCCUAUGGAAGCGUAUGGCGAGAGUUAAAUAAAGAAUAAGGAUCCAGUGAUCUUGAUAAGAGUCGUAAUUCCAAACCAUAUGGUUUUGGUGGACUAUAAAUGUUUAGGUGUCAUCUUGGCUAUCACAUUUGGAACCCCUAAUGUUUGUGAGAAUGAAUGGCGUUGAUGACGCUAUCCUUAAAUAAGCAUAGUAAGGUGAAUUACGUAAAACCAAAGACUUAAAAUAACCUCUAAUGAUUGCAUUUUAAACCGUUUACUGUAUAUAGAAGGAUGUAAGUGUAAUUUGAUUAAAAAGUAAAUCAGACAAGAUAAUAUAUAGGAUACCUUCUUGUGCUUUUUAACAGUUCGUUUUGAUCUGAUAUAUAAUUUUUGUAUAAAUCUAGAGACAGUUGUAACUUGCAUCUCAGUUCAGUACAAGUAGAACAGUGGGUUUGUUUGUAUGUACUUGGUUUUAAAAGCUGUUUUCGUUUAAAUCUUUUAAUAAAAGGUACGAUUCCUUGGAAGAAUAAGUUCCAGUGAAAUGGAACUUAAUAUGGAGUAUAAAAUUGUAAAUCAGCUGUGUAAUAUGAUACGCUCUAAGGAGAGCAUUGUGACAUCAAAUUGAAUCGUGUUUUACAUAACAUGUUUUAGGUACAGUGAAACUCUGGAACAUCACGUACUCUCUACCCCUCAAAACUCCCAAUAGAUUUAUCAAGCUUUCAUAAAUUAAAUUGAAAAUCAGGGCCCUUUGAUACGAUGAAAAAAUAAAAUAUGAUGACCACAGGGUUUCACUGUAGAUUCAUUCACCAAAUGUCUCAUUAAUUAAGAGAUAAUAUUCUUCUGCCACUCUAGUACUGUGUCUUGCAUCCAAGUUUUUGUUAAUUUUGUUUACCAAUUUUUCUAAGUGCGUGUUUAGAUAGUUAGUAAAAGAACCUGUUGGUAAAAUAGGUGUUGAGAACGCCGUAACGAACCUGGUAUUUUGUAUAAAAGGAUUUUUACUUAAUUUAUUGAUCUUGCUUGUUAAGGAAUGUACCUACAUCUUAUCUUCCUCGCUUUAUACUUGAAGUUGUUGACCCAUUGAAGUUUAAACGACAUUUCAACCACCAUAAUAUAUUAAUCUCAAUGCCGAUGUAUGUUUUAAAUCAAGUGAAUUAUAUAAUGAUAUGUUUUUAACUAUACUGUUAAAAGAA